AUCCAAGUGAAAGCAAGACACUGAUCGAUUCCCAUUCCACGUCACCACGCGACUUCCACUUCCGAACAAUAAAAUCUUACCGUUCCAGAAAUCCAAAGGCAGGUUCGACGAGAUUGCGUUGGCCAGUGCGGCCGCGCCUGACGUACCGGGUCUCAUCCCUGGACUCUAGCCAACUCACCUGAGUCGAGGUGGACAAGUGCGCAUUGAGGGAGUGAAUGGUGGUGGCGAAAGGGCUCUCAACCGUAAUGCAUCACGGCGCUUCCUGAAAAUCCAACCAACACAGAAAUGGCUUUGCCGUCCGGCCGGGCGGCAUUCAAGAAGAAGGAUGGCUUCUUAACCUUGAGGCAGGACCGGCAGUUCGUAAUCUGGACUCCAGCACCUGGCGAUGGCCCCCCUACGGUUUCACUGUCUAUCAGCAAUAUCACGAAUUUGCAACAAACACCAGACAGCGCGGCCAAGGUGAUGCUAAAGAUCUUUGAGAAGCCUCCCGAAGCCGCGGAGCAGACGCCCUAUCUCUUCCACUUCACGUCGACCGAGGCCAGAUCCGAGGCCAAUGCCAUUAAGGAUCUGCUCUCAAGGUUGCUGGCUGACAUCCGCUCCGGCGAUCCCAACGUUCCCAAGCCAUCGGGUAGCGGAACCCCGAACUCAACGGCAAACGGAUCUAAUGGAGCCACCGGCGGCGGCUCGGGCUCGGGCUCAAUGGCAUUCGCCAGCUCCGUCAACUCGAAGCCGAGCAGUGCGCGCUGGUUCGACGACGCGCAGCUCAAGGGUGACAUCGAGCUGCAGCAGUCCCUCAUGAAGAAAGACCGGACGCUUCACCAGACGUACAUGGACGCGCGUGCGACGAAGCCCGAGUCGAUAUCGGACGCCGCCUUCAACGCACAGUUCUGGUCGACACGCACGAAUCUCUUGCGCGCCCACGCCAUCGAGGUGAACCAGCAAAAGGGCGCGUACAAUGUCCUGCCGUCGAUAAAGCCGCGGUUGGAGAACGACGUGCUCAAGCUCGACAUCACGGUCGAGAUGGUCCAGCUCAUCAUGGCGCAGCACCCGCUCGUUAAGAGGCUGUACGACGAGAACGUACCCAAGAUUCCCGAGAGCGAGUUCUGGUCCCGCUUCUUCCUGAGCAAGCUGUUCCGCACCCUCAAGGGUGACAGGAUCACUGACGAGAGGAAGGAGGGCAUCAAGCGGGACGCCCUGUUCGACGCCCACGACGCCAGCGAGAACACCGCUAUGUUUCAGCGGAGGAGUAUGGCGCAGAGUGUGCCGCAUAUCAUCGAUGUCUACGGCAACGAGGAGAACCAGGGUGGCUUCAAGAGCGGGAACCAAAAGGACAUUGAGAUGCGGCCGCGUAAGAACGUGCCCAUCGUCAAUACCCUCAACAGUCUCAGCGAGAGGAUGUUGUCCAACGUGGCACCCUCUGACCGUGAAGCUGGCCCCGAGGCUGAAGACUCGACGUGGCAGGAGCUCGCCCUCCGAGACCUGCGAGGCGAUGCUAAGGAGAACAAGAUCAUCCUUAACAUCAAGGAGCAGAACCGCUUCUUUGCCAAGAAAGACGAGGCCAAGUCAGCCAACUCCCUCGCCUUUGCGAAGCAGAACCCGUCGGACGUCCUCUUUGACAUUCAGACCGACCUUGAGACCAUCGAGACCGACGGCGCAGGCGGCCUGAACCUCCGCGCGGGCAUCGGCAUCCUCGACGACAGUGACAGCGAUGAGGAGGCACAGCGGCCGAUUCAUGUUGGUUCCCGAGCCGCGCGCAAGGCUGCGGGCGACGACAUCAUGGCGGGCAUCCGCCAGCGGCGCGCCGAGAAGUACGGCGACACAACAACGGACGAGUCCCGCCCCAUGGGCCUCCCCGCCGAGGUAGCCGAGCGGUGCUCACUGACGCACGCGACCACGGUCGAGUUCCUGCACCAGUUCUGGAACGCGUUCCUCUCGGGAGACCCGGACCGCGCCAACGAGUUGCAGUACCUUGUCGAGUCGCUGGGCCGUUCGGCCGAGCGCAUCAACGCCGUCGCUGAGGAGGCCGAGAGGGCCCGAGACGAUAUCAUCCGCGCCAAGAAGAAGGAAAUUAUGGAUUACUACAAGGCGACGGGUAAGAAGAUUAGGGGGUGGCGGCCGGAGCACGAGAAGGGCGGGCGCAAGGCCGUGCUGGCCAUCAUGCAACCCACGCUCGAGGCGCUCAAAAAGGCCCAGGCGGAUUACCAGCGGGCUCUUGCUGCCGAAGGGGUGCAGCUUUCCACCGAGGCUUAAGGUUCAGCAGAUAAUCCUCCGGUCUACACUUGAUUACACCAUUGGGGCGGGCGCGGGAUUGUAUAUUAGAGCAACUAGCACGGCGAUCAGCAUCACGUGUUUCCUAUAACGCGAGACAAUAUUCGGUCAUGGCACCUCUCAGCAGACAUGCCACGUACGUGAGCGUGGAAAUCACAUUCUCACAUCGCCAAGCUGGAGGCAUUCGAUAGUGUUGAGACAAACAAAAAGAAAACGUCAUCUAUGAUUUUGUAAGGCUAAUCCCAUACACAGGAGACAUAAGCCAUUCGUAGCCUGCCUUCGAGAUUGAAAUCCCGCACGAAGCUCUCUCGUGAGUAUUGAUACAGUAAGUCCACCACAUCUCAUUCUACAGCGGCGUUGCCCUCCCCCCGUGUAGCAAAAUCGUACAACAGACAAGCACAAACUCCUCUGGGCAUAAGGCCUCCGACCGCGCAAGGGUCAAGGACCCCCCCAUCUUCCU